UCCUACCAGCUAUGGAUCACACCGCGGAGCACCUCGAUCCCGCCGCCCCGGCAUCCGCGCCCGCCUCCGUCGCCGAGGUCAACGCGUGGCUGGCUUCCCUGGCUGCGGAGGGAGGCGGAGUGGGAGGGCGCGGAGGCGGUGGGGCGGUGGCCUCCGAGCUGUCGCUGGGGCCCGACCCCACGCCGCGCGGGGUGUCGUACCUCCGCGCGCUCGCGGCGGCGUCGCAGGCGCGGUCCCGUGCGGCCGGGAUAGCGGCCACGGGGCUGCGCGCGCAGGCCGCGGAGUACCGAGCCGAGGCCGCGCGCCUGCGGGAGGCGCUGGAGCGGGCUGGCCUCGCAAGGGACGCGCUCCCUCCGCCUGCUGCCUCCGCCGCGCGCGCCGUCGCAGCUGUCGCGAACCUCUUGGCCAUCCGCGACACCGAGACGAGCAGCUUUGUGGUGGCCAGUGCAGACUUGUGGCUGAGGAGAGCAGAAGUGGAGGAGAAGAGGGACAAAGUGCAUAAAGAGUCGAAGGCACUUCUUGAUUAUACAAGGAAGGCCAUCACCAAGCUUACUGAGCUCAAAAAGAUGCUGGAAAAAUUUAAAAAUGAUGUUGAGAAGCAACAAGUGGAGCAAAUGACAGACUGGCAGACAAAGCUGGCCAUGAUGGACUCAAAGGAACGGCAAUAUGUCCUCCAAGUCUCAAAUUACAAGGCAAUGCUUAACCGAGUGGGAUACACCCCAGAAGUCAAUCAUGGUGUGUUGAUGGAAAUGGCAGAGCAUAAGAAGGAUCUUGAGAGGAAAACUAAACCCAUUGCAGACACAUUACGGAGCUACCAGGAUUUACCUCCAGACAAAGCUCUAGCUGCGCUAGCUAUAGAGGACAAAAAGAGGCAGUAUGCAGCUGCAGAGAAGUACCUUGAAGACGUGUUGCAAUCUGCUUUAACAACACCUGGUCUAUGAUGUUCUGUUAAUUAAAUGGAAAGUUCUAUUUGGUGUGUCUGAUAUCUUAGAAUCGAUUGAUGUUGUAAUGACUAUUGGUUUUCUUGUAAGUUGUGACUUGGUUCUGUAUUCUUGUAAAUUCCCUGUUCGAGUGUUUUCCUACGGAAAAUUUCACCAUAGAAACUAAUUCUGUUGCAGAGAAAAAUUAAGACACUUUCUCAGGACA